UUCGUAGUUCGUGUUAUCUUUCUUUGGGUCGAUUUUGCUGUUACUGUUCUCUCCUUGCACCGAUAUCCUGUACUUGUAUGGACUGUAUCUCUAGGUUACAAUAAUCUAUCUCAGCAUGCUCACCGCUCUGAAAGGCUCUAAAUGAUCGCCGGUGUCCGUGGGAGAAUAUGGGAGUCUCCAAAUGGAAAUGCUACAUUAUACGUGGUUUCGAAAUUCGCGCGAACUGGCCGCUGUUCGCCUGCAAACCUAUGCUCAAUGCAUCACAGAGACAGAGAUCCAUCCUCGUGUUAUUCCCUAGCUUUCGUCUUGUUCUCUUAGGCCAAUGUACUUCCCAACCGCUGCUGCACGACGCCUCUCUUCUGUACCCCCUAUUCCAUCAUCCAUCGAACCGGUAAUAUGUCUGGCUACUAGUCCCCGCAAGACACUGUUCUGUUCUGUCACCAGGAAUGGUCUGUCUCUCUGGAGAGUACGACCAUCCGCUGUCCUUGCACAUUUAGCACGCACAGAUACCUCUCUUAAAGCUCACGGGGAGAAUGCUUAUGCGGAGUGGUCUCCUGAUGGGCAAAGAAUUGUAAUACAGACUACACAAUCGUACCUUGUCCUCGUCACAGUGGAAUACAGUCCAAAUGAGACUCCUUAUCAGUCGCCUCCUCUUGUGCCCAGUGCCCAGCGACAUUUUCUCCCAGGACCUGGCGAAGGCUUGCCUUUCCAAUCUAUCAGCCUUCACUUCGAAGGUGUUAUUCGAAUUGAAGGCCAGCUUUUGAGUGUCUCGCCGCGAGCGAAUUAUAUUUUAUUCUCUACACGUAACCCCCCGGCAAUUCAAAGAAUACCCUGGCCUGUACUUAGUGAAGAUGAUGACACUGAACAGCACGCUGCUAGUCGUGAUCUCAAGUACUACGACACCUGGGUUCUGAACGAUGAAGAGCUGCCUUGGUUAGUUGACAGUGAUGUGACUGUGAACAAGAUAUUGUACUCGCGGCAAACCGGCGUUGAGACUUGGUUAACAUCAGAUGGCAGAGCGUAUCUUGUUCAACUCUACGAGAGCAAUGAUUUGCCCCCGAGCCAGUCGGACCUCAGUACGACAGGCGACGAGUCUGCUCAUGCUGCACGGUUUCGCCAUCAUGAACGAAUGAUUUCCUCCGAGCCCAGCGUACCAGAGGCGGCUAUACAGUGGCAUGGAACAUGUAUUCACAACAUUGAAGUACCAAAGUGGGUUCAGAAACGUCGGCAAGUCUGUCCCGAUGACCCGGAAGCAUAUCGACCCGCAUACAAUGAACCACGACGAGCGGAAGUCGUGGCUAUCAACGCUAAAUUCUCACUGGUCGCGACCGGGACUCAAGGAGGAACUGUGGAAUAUGCUAAUCUACCGUCACAAGAAGGCGUGAUGCCCAAACCACAAGUGCUUCAAAUACCCAACCUGUAUAACCGCGAGAAAAUGGGAGCAGUGCGAACUAUGGAAUGGAGUUCGGAUGGAUAUGUCCUCGCCGUCGGUUGGGAGCACGGAUGGGCUAUUUGGAGCGUUGGGGGACGCUGUCUUGCCUGGAGUUUCGGCGUAGAAUAUGAGGUUGAUGAAGAAAGGUUCCAAGAUACUUUCAUGUAUGGAAUCCGCGACUUGUUUUGGGCGCCGGGUAACUUCGAGCUAUUCGUCCUUGCUGAUUCUACGCCUGCUACGGCUGAUGGACAACUGUUCGUGCUUCCGUUUGCAAAGAGUGCAACAACUGGACAACAUGCUCCAGACAACACUCAAUACGCCUUCUUGCAAAUGGAUGACAGAGUACUGAUACAUCGAGGAGCUGAUCAACCUGACAUGAGUGUUAUCAACCCAGAGUCCGACGUGUGGCAGCGAAUCAAAAUACCACAAGAUUAUCUUGCUACAAACUGGCCAAUACGAUAUUCAGCGGUCAGUCAAGACGGUCGGUUGAUCGCCAUAGCUGGACGGCGGGGUCUCGUCCACUACAGUUCAUCGUCAGGACGGUGGAAGCUGUUUGCUGAUGAGCUGCAAGAGCAGGCUUUCACUGUGAGGGGAGGUCUACUGUGGUUCCACCACGUCCUCAUUGCUUCUGUGGAAGCAUCGAAAUCAUAUCAGAUUCGACUUUAUUCCCGAGAUCUGGAAUUAAGCAACCAGAAUGUAUUGCAUAGGGAAGUGUUGACGUCGCCUGUGGUGAUACUUUCUUUGGUCGACAACUCCUUGCUCGUCUACACGGCCGACAACACACUCUUCCACUAUCUCAUCAUACCAACGGAGGACACCAUCAAACUUCACCUUUGCGGUAGCAUAAGCUUCGAAGGAGUUGUCGCUGCUCCAACUGCUGUGAGGGUCCUGAGUUGGCUGAUACCCAGUGCGCAGAAACAGCUUGGGGAUCCGACGGACGAUCUCUCGGUGGCCACCGUAUUGAUGAUUGUCGGUGGAAAGCUUGUGCUUCUUCGUCCGAGAAAGACCAGAAGCGCGGAAGUCAAGUACGACAUGCAGAUCCUCGCUGAUCGUAUCGAAUUCUGUUGGAUUCACCUCCGUGGCAUUGGAACGUUAGAAAAUUCUCUCUGGGGCUACGAUGGCCAGAGCAUUCGCGUUUGGUUGAAUGCACUCUCAAUCGAAUCGUCACCUCAACCGGAUGUGGGCGAAUUUAAAGAUGUAGAAGAGAACGUUAAAAUCGCUCUAGACUUUUACCCGCUUUCUGUGCUAAUGGACAAGGGUAUCAUAAUCGGUGUCGAGCAUGAAGCUGCCACGAGAAUGAGCCUGCCUUUCGUAAUGUUCCGACAUGUUACAAGCUCACAUCUAUUCAUUCAUCAUAUCCUUGCAUUUCAUCUCGAGAACGAGCAGAUUAUUCAAGCCGUCAGCUUCGCAUCGCAUUACCAACAUCUGGUUUACUUUGCCCAUGCGCUGGAGAUUCUCCUUCAUAGCGUCGUCGAAGAAGACGCAAGUUCGUCUCAUGAUCAAGACUCAAGUAAAGACACAUCGCAUGACCUCCUGGCGAGGACAAUAGAGUUCUUGGAUCACUUUGAAGCAUCGUUGGAUAUUGUUGUGGGUUGUGCACGCAAGAUUGAAAUGACUCGGUGGCCCCGGUUAUUUGAUGUGGUUGGCAGCCCCAAGUCAUUGUUUGAGGUAACAUUAUCGCCCUCCUUUAUGUUUUCUAGCUCACCUCGAUUAUUGAUAGGUUUGUCUCGCCUCUGGCAGACUGAAAACAGCGGCUUCAUAUCUACUUGUCCUUCACAACCUCGAGCAACUCGAGGACGGUCAUGUAGAUGUCGUGCGGCUGCUUAGAAGCGCUAUCGACGCUCGUGACUGGCAGUUGUGUCGAGAGUUACUUAGGUUCUUGCAUUCUAUUGACGAGUCUGGUGCCGCUCUGCGAAAUGCCCUGACAGAGACCGAGUUGAUAGCAAUGGCUAAUGGUGGUUCGGCUUUGUAAAUGGUGAUAUGCAUGCAAAAUGAUUUACUUGAUAUUUUCACUAUGUACGAGUAGUGUUAGAAUUCCAAUGAGUGGUAGCCGUUCAUGCGAAUCGCGAGAUACCCUUAGUGUUCUU